AUGUCAAUCCCUCUACAUCCUCCUACAACUUCGCAGGCAUAUCCUGAAUUUUCCGUCCGUCGCCCAAUAGAUUUUGACGGGUUGCAAUUCUGCGACUCGGCGGACGGGACGCUGACGGAUGCCGACGGUACUGUCGUCUUCGAGAACGAAUACAGGGGACUCUUGCUCGCCAUCGUGAGGCGCAACGAUGCCGAGUCUCUAAAGCGAUAUCUAACCAGGCAUCCUCGCCAUCUGGGGCCAGGGGAGACGGAUAGCUACGAUCCUUACUGGGUCGCGGCUUACGAGGGAAGCACUGAGUCGCUUCGGCUACUCCUGGAGCAUCCAGCCGAUGAGACAGAGCCUCUCGAUACGCGAGGGUACCUGCUCUUGAACGUUGCAUGUCAGGCUGCUCAGCUGGAAACUGUGCGGUUCCUCUUGGACCACAGCCAGGAUUGGUCUCGAGCAGGUGUUCUUGUUGACGUUUUCGCAAGGGAUCGUUACGGCAUGACGGCUCUGCUCUCGGCUGCUUCUUCAUUUGCAAAUCUGCCCUCCUCUGAAGAACUUCCAGGGAAGGAGAAUAACAUGAAUACUGUAUUGCACGACUAUUUAGCUCGAGCUGAAAGUGUCAUGAACCUGCUUUUGGAUCGUGGCGCUCACGCUGGCGAUAUGUGUAUGUAUACGAGCGCUGAGGCUAGCGAGGAACCUCAGGUACGCCAUUCGGUGCUGAGCCAGGCCAUCUCGCGUGCCAGCGCCAAGCUUGUAACACGGUUGCUUGCCACGGGAGCAGCACAGACUGACGCGCUUAAGACCAUGCACAUCUUCGACAACGGCGGCCAUGAAGAGUGGACUUAUAACGUCACGCCUCUUCACAUUGGUGCCUGCUAUUCCAACUUUGAAGGAAUCCAGGUCUUGCUGGAACAUGAUAGCAACAUGGUGAAAGUCAGCGACAGCUAUGGCCGUCUACCAUUGCACUGGGCGGCUGCUGGUCCCGGUUACCAGGACUAUAUGCUGACCCAGGAUGAGAUCGCCUCGCAUGUUCUCCAAACCACCACAUUACUCCUGGCUCACCAUCCAGACGCCAUCAACGCUCCGGACUCGCAAGGCAGGACUGCUCUGCAUUAUGCAUACGUCGUUGCACACACCGGCCCACACCAUGCCAUCGUCAGAACCGCCACUCUUCUUCUCGAGAAGGGAGCCGACGGCGGGCGCCGCAACGGCGGCGGGCGCACGCCGCUGCACCUCCUCCUCCGGCUCCUCCACCAACGCUUGAACGCCAUCUCGGAGGCCCAGCUGCUGGAACUGGUAUCCGCCCUGCUAAUCCGCGGCGCAGAUGCGGACGCUGCCGACGGGCAAAAGGUCACGCCUCUGCAGCUGGCCGCGAGGAGUCUGGGCGAUAUUCAGAUUGCCAGAUUGUUGCUGCGACACGGGGCCAGUGCGAGCGCUGCCGAUGCCGCGGGCAGCACGCCGCUGCACGAGGCUGCGCGUGGAUACGUCGUCGUGCGGCCCAGCCCUGACGGCAACUACACCCAAGAGGUGCCGCUGCCGCCGCCGCAGCAGCGUAUAAGAUUGACGGCGGAAGAUCUCAUCAGAAAGCAGGACGAGAUGAUGGGGGUGCUCCUGGAAGCUGCAGCCGAUGUGGAUGGCUUGAUCGAUCGCCCUAAUGAAGCGGGCGAGACGCCGAGAUCCGUACGCGAUGCGAUGAGGAGCAAAUGGCGCGCAGCUGACGAGGAGGCUGCUGCGAGAAGGGGCGGGUUAUGGCCGAGGAGGGGGAGGGGACGAGGUGGGAGAAGGUGA